UUCACAAGACCCUCGAAAUGUGUCGCUCAGUGUGGAUGUUGCUGGCAUUGGCAUUGUUAUCUUCUAUAGUGUGUUGUUACGCCCAACCACCACCACCACCGCCUCCUCCUCGUCAUCCUUCACUACCCUUUGAAAAAGACUCUUCAAUUAGAUUUCCCGUUGAACGGGACAUUCUGUUUCCCGGACCAGAUGAGUCAGAGGAGGAGAAAACUUGGUAUCGCAUACGUGAAUUUCGGUUCAAUCAAUAUGAAAAUUUACCCGAACCCAUGCAUAGACAUCAUAGGCCACCGCCAAGGCCGGGCCAACCCUUUCCGCCGCCACCAAGUGGUUAUAAAAAACCAGGAAAUCGCAAUGGUCGACGUCGUCUGUGCGAGCAGAAAUACUCUGAGUACGUGGAACGCAUCUUUCCCAAUGACACAGCAGUUGUCGAUGAUGCCAAUGAUGCCAACUUUGAUGGUCGCAUACUCGCCAAACCCGGGCAAUACCCGCACAUGGCAGCGGUCGGCUUUGAGACGGAAACCCAACAAAUUGAAUACAAGUGCGGCGGCAGUUUGAUAAGCGAGAACUUUGUUGUAACUGCCGCCCAUUGCACAGCCAUUUCAGAUUUGAUACCAAAAUGGGUGCGCAUUGGUGACUUGAAUCUUAUGAUCGAUGAGCAAACAGUUGAACCACAAGUUCUUGAAAUAGAUACAAUUUACAAACAUCCAGAUUACAAUAAGGAUCUAUACUACAAUGAUAUAGCUCUGCUUAAGCUUAGUCAGAAUGUCCACCUAACCAAAUAUGUGCGUCCCAUACGCCUUUGGGUCUUCUCGGAGCUGCCAACCACAAUUGCCUUUGCCAUGGGCUAUGGGGCCACAAGUUUUGCCAAGGCAAUGACCAAUCGUCUAACAAAUCUGAAUCUAACUAUUGUACCCAACGAUGAAUGCAAUAGAGAGUUGCCAGCUCUCUCAGAGACACCAGACGGUGUAUUGGCCAGUCAGAUUUGUGGUCAAGACUAUAUACUAAAUCGUGAUACGUGUCAGGGCGAUUCGGGUGGUCCAUUGCAAUUGAAUCUGCCGGGUCGACGUCGUCAACAAAAUAUACAUUAUCAUCUAAUUGGAUUGACUUCAUAUGGUGUAUUCUGUCGCAGUAGUUAUCCAUCUGUAUAUACACGCAUUUCAUCCUAUUUAGAUUGGAUUGAACAAAUCACUUGGAGUGCGGAAUUAGAUUUAGUCUAGAAAUAUCAAUUUCGAAAUCACUUUGAAACAAGUCGCAAAAAUCUCAAGAAUUGAUCUUUUAAA